AUGAAGGCAUCUCUCGCUCUCCUUGUGGCUACAUGUGCCAGCAGCACUCUAGCAGCAUCUCUAGGUGGCAUCAAUCCUGAUGUUAACGCCCGCGACGUUGUUACUGGAGACUUUAAGCGCACAGAAGCUUAUCCUGUGGAACCUCACCCAAGCCGCGAUAUCGAAGAAGAUGAUGAAAUAAUUAUUCCGGAUGCAGGACAGGGGAAGGGCAAAGGUGAUGGAAAAGGCAAAGGUGAUGGAAAAGGCAAGGGAGAUGGAAAAGGCAAAGGAGAUGGGAAAGGAAAAGGUGAUGGGAAAGGAAAAGGUGAUGGGAAAGGAAAAGGUGAUGGGAAAGGAAAGGGAGAUGGGAAAGGAAAAGGUGAUGGGAAAGGAAAAGGUGAUGGGAAAGGAAAGGGAGAUGGGAAAGGAAAAGGAGAUGGGAAGGGCAAGGGGGAUGGCAAAGGAAAAGGUGACGGCAAAGGAAAAGGUGACGGCAAAGGAAAGGGGAAGGGGAAGGGAGACGCCUUAUUUAAAUACACUGUCGAUUCAGGUCAUGGUAAACUUGAUAUAUCGAAUCACCAAGCGAUAAAAGAGAUCUCUAUAGCGUAUGAUGAAGAGGGUGAUAUGAGAGAUCUUACAAAAAAUGACAAAUACUGCUCGAAGUUAUUUACGUAUCCCUUUUACCCCGUUGGUUCUACUCAUCUAAGAACUGUCCUUUCUCCGAAGCCGAAUAUUUGA